CAAUGCCGCAGGAAACAUAAAGCUGGGGGAAAUUCAGCUCAACUUUCUCUCAUCAUCACACUCUUUCAGCAGAGGGACGCCCCAGAACUUUUCAAGCCCGUCAUUCUAUUAAAGAAAUGGUGCUCUCCAGGUCGCUGCUUGCCGCAGCCUCCGCGCUGUUUCUUGCGUUUCCGACCGAAGCCGCCGAGGGAGCUUCCGAGCUGCAGAGUGUCUUGAAGAACACCCACGGAAGCUCGGAAUACAAGUAUCCCACCGACUUCACAAGGGGCAUUUUGCCUAUCCCGGUUCAUUCCCACAAUGACUACUGGAGAGACGUGCCCUUUUACACGGCUCUCUCACAAGGCUGCAUUUCGGUUGAAGCUGAUGUGUGGCUGUACAAUGGCACUCUCCAUGUUGGCCACGACGAGUCAUCAUUGACUGACCAACGCACAUUCGAGUCGCUCUACAUCAACCCAAUUCUCGACGUGCUUGAGCGUCAAAACCCCAAGAGCAAAUUCUUGACGGGCCCGACCACCAAUGGUGUCUUUGAUACCGAUACAGAUCAAACGCUCUACUUGUGGGUUGACUCCAAGACAUCCGGCCCUGAAACCUUCAAGGCCGUCAUCGAAGCUCUGGAACCACUCCGCAAGAAGGGCUACUUGACAACCCUUAAGAACAAUGAAACCCUCGCUGAGGGCCCAGUGACCGUGAUCGGAACUGGCAACACGCCCUAUGAGAUGGUUGGCCCCAUUGCAGACCGCGACUACUUCUACGACGCACAGCUUGCUACUCUGGGGGAUGCGGAAAAUGCUGAGAUCACAGCGCACAUCUCGCCCAUUGCAUCGGGGGAUUUCAGCUCGGCCAUCGGCGACCUCACACUGGGCAAGGAUAGCGUAUUGAGCGACAAGCAGCUCGAAACUCUUCGAUCGCAGAUCUCUACCGCUACAGAGAAGGGUAUUCUCGCCAGGUACUGGGGUGCUCCUUCUUAUCCGAUCAGGGCCCGUAACACUCUGUGGACUACCCUCAUCAACGAGGGUGUUGGGUUGCUGAACGCCGACGAUUUGGCUGCUGCUGCGCAGUAUUUCUAGAAUACCGGUACAGGUAAAACCUAUGUAAUAUAUAGACAUACUACAGAGAUAAAAUAUUAAUGUCUUUCUGAGCUAGCCCAACUGGAGGCUUGAGCUGCAAAUGCCGUCACCAAGGCCUUCGACCAAAC